UAAAGUGGCAACCCAGACUAGGUGAAUGAAGGAAUUUGAAGAAAUAGAAAGAAGUCACUAAUUUAUGCAAGACGGCGUCUUUAUUUUCAAAUUUAAUUGGUUAAGUUUUGAAGUGAGAACUGUGCAAUAUAACUUGGGUGCCCUUGAACGACCGUUAUUUUAGUGAUAGUGAAUUUCAUUUGUAGAUUACAAAUACAUAUUUUGUAAGGAAUUGUCUAGGAGAAAAAAAUAUCCAAUAUGGGCGACCAACAGUUUUUCCUGAAAUGGAAUGACUUUCAGACUAAUAUGGUGACUUCGUUUAGACAUUUAAGAGAUGAAAAAAGCUUUACAGACGUAACUUUAGCCUGCGAAGGGCAGACAUGUAAAGCUCACAAGAUGGUACUAUCCGCUUGCAGUCCAUAUUUCAAAAGCUUGCUAGAGGAAAACCCAUCGAAACAUCCAAUAAUAAUAUUAAAGGAUGUGUCAUAUCUGCAUUUACAAGCGAUACUGGAGUUUAUGUAUGCGGGAGAAGUGAAUGUGUCGCAGGAACAGUUGCCGGCCUUCCUCAAGACUGCCGCAAGACUUAAGGUGAAAGGUCUCGCCGAGCCGCCGCCGCAGAUGCCCACCAUCAAGCGAGAAGGCUAACACAAGCUGAGUGCGCGAGUGCCCUAAAGACUUUAGUGAUUGUAACAGAGAACACCAAUUUAACAAACUAACCUCAAACCAUUCUGUUGAUUUCAAGCCUUAAUUUUACCAGCUAUCUACACAUUGGACUUAGGUAAGUAUAAUUGCAGAUUAAAAAUUUCUAAUAUGACCCUUCCAGUAAGGUAAAAAAAAUUUUUUGACAUUUGGUAUGCCCAAAUUUUUUUUAACCGUUAAACCAAUGUGUAGAUACAAGUCCAUUCCAUUAAAAAUGAUUUCCUGACUUUAUGGGUUUAUGAUUUGCACAUAACUUUUGAUAUAUAAUUUUUUUCUAUAGUUGUCAUUAAAAAUCCACUGUCCAUAGAAUCGAUUGUCAAAAUAUAGUUGCUUCAUGAGUAUUCAAUUUAAAAAAAAAGUACAAUAAAGGAUAUAUUACUAUAUAUUUGAUAUAAAAUUAUAACGG